AUGGCUGACCAAAUUGUAGCCUAUUUACUCCGAACAGCGUUGGAAGAACAAACACCAAAAUGUUUUGGUAGAAAAGAUGAAAAUGUGACGGAUUGGAUAAGGUCGGUAACAGUUGAAUUCGAGUUGGCCAAGUGUCCAGAUCAUGACAAACUAGAUUGGGUUCCAACAUUUUUACGUGGAGAAGCAUUAACCUGGUAUAUUAAGAAUAUGGAUAAAAUUAAUUCAUGGGAGACAUUUAUUGAAGAACUAGAGAAAAAAUAUUCCUCAGUCGAAGAACAACAUCCGAGUGAUUCAGCUGCAGUUACACACGCUCACUCAUAUUCAUUUCAUCAGCAACACUAUCAAGUACGUUACGAUCCACUCACGUCAAUAUCACCGACACCUAUGUCGACAUUACUGGAGUAUGAAGAAUUCGAAUGGCCAGUACAAGGUGAAACAUGGACUGAUUAUGAGCUAAGACCGCAACGAAAAGAAUUUCGAGUAACACCAGUAGCUGCCUGUCAUAUAUUCCAUACCAGUACACUAUCAGGUACAUUAUCCAUAACAUCACAAGUAGAACAAGUAUUUGAAGAAAACGAAGAACAAGGAGCCGAAUUAGAAGUUAAUGAUGAUCGCCAACGACAAUUACACAAUAGUGUUAUUCGACUGAUGGAUGAAGAUCGUACACUCUUAUUGUCGAAAUUAUAUGGUGUGAUAAAAAGUUUACUAGUGAAAAGGAAAGUAAAACCAUUAUUGUCAUCAGUCCCGUUAUUCCAGUUCGCUCUAUCUAGUAGUGGCUUAUCAUCGGACCACAUAACAUCCUUUCAUGGUAAUACAACUGGCAGCAGAGGAUUAUUAACAACUAGUAUUGCAGAUAUAUAUCAAGUAUUAGAUGCCUGUAGUCGUCUAUUUCACCCCUGCCUACUGGAAUAUGACAAAAUGCUCAAGACAUUUGGGGACUGGAAUUACUUAUGGCCGUUUCUGGUGCCUUGA